ACCGUGUAACGUUUUACAACUUGAGUCAUCAUGUCAGCAAUGAAAAAAAAAUCAAAUCAAGGCUUGACCCACAUUACUAUGACCAAUCUGUGCCAAGGGGCGUUAUUUGCCUACUAGACAGCCUGUCUAUUCAUUACACCGUGACCUGGCCACUGGAAGCAUUCCCUCCCACUUGAGUGUAAACAGCAGUUCCUCCAGCAGAUUGCCAAGCGCGUUCUUUCAUUAUUCCCCUGGUUAAGAGGCGCCUGGCUGCAGAGGGGCAAAGCAGAUGGUGUCGCCGGUCUUCUUGGGGGUGGCGGCUCUGGCUGGAGUCUUGCUGUGCCUGGCCGCCCAGGUCUUGCAGUCGGUGGAAGUGGCGAGGCUGAGGAGGGAGCUGCAGGGGCUGAGGGAGGAGUGCAGCGGGUCACUGGACGUCUCCCCUGCGUUGGCUAACACAAAGCCACCUGGCUACGUCUCAUCCACACCUCGGCUCUGGGACCCCACGCAUUCUGCUUGCUCACACAACAGAGAACCAGAGCGGCAAGCACUCCGUGUGGAACGAGACUCCGAGAGGAAGUGGAGGCACAAACAGAGAAGAAGAAACUCAUUAAUCCACCUGGUCCCAUCCUCUUACAGAGCACAGGGUGAUAGCACCAUUAUUCACUGGCAGAAGACCUUACACACCGGGGAAUCCUUUGAACAGAACAACAGUACCAUCGCCAUUAAAGGGAACGGUUACUAUCUCAUUUAUACCCAGGUCCUGUAUCAGGACCAGACGUUCGUCAUGGGUCACGUCGUGAAGAGGAAGGAACAGAAAAGGCAGAAGGAGGGAGAGACGCUGCUCAGAUGCACGCAGAAUAUGCCAGAGGAACAGCCUUUCAACACCUGCUACAGUGCAGGUAUCUAUAAACUACAGAAAGGGGACAUCAUAGAACUGGUGAUUCCUCGCAACUCUGCAAACAUUAUCAUGGAGAAAGACUCCACUUUCAUGGGGCUGAUGAAGGUGUGACUGGACUACUGAAGCUCUCCUUAAUUUCUUUCCCCAGCAACAGCCAUCAUGUUGUUUUCUGUAGUCCCACUUCAAACUCUGCUGGCUCCUCUAAGCUCCAUUUCAGGAUCUUUCAUCUUUAUCUUCAAAUCUCACCAGUUAGAGAGGAACAUUCACUCCCCUCAGCCUGUUCCUCCAUUCAAUGAGGUCAUGGCUGAUCAUGAAGUUACAAUCUCUGGUAUCCUCUCCAGCCCACUCCACCUUUUCCCUUUCCUCUGGAUUACGGCUCAACCCUAUUCUCUCCACACUCUAGAACCACAUUUCUUGGGCAUUCUCUUCCAAAUCACUUUCACUAUCUAUCUUCUGUACUCCUAAGGCCUCCUUUAAAACCCUAACUCUUAGAUCAUAGCCUUUUUAUGUCAGCAUGGCUCAGUUGGUUCUGGGUUCAAAUUCCACUCCAUAGCUUGAACACAAAAAUUAAAGCUGCCACUCCACAGCAAUACUGAGGGAGUGCUGCACUCUUGGGAGGUGUUGUUUUCUGGUGAGACAUUAAAGCAAGGCCUCAACCUCCCUGCGUGAGUAGAUGUCAAAUACCCCCAUGGCAUUUCGAAGAAGAGAAGGGGAGUUAUCCUCGAUAUCCUGGCCAAUCUUUAUCUCGCAAUCAACAUCACAAAAACGGAUUAUCUGGCCAUCAUCACAUUGUUGUUUGUGGGAGCUUGCUGUGCGCAAAUUGACCGCCAUGUUUCCUACACUUCAGGAGUACUUCAUUGGCUCUAAAGCACUCAGAGACGUGCGCUGGUCAUGAAAACGCUAUAAAAAUGCAAGUCUUUCUUUUUUUCCGACCCUACUUUCUGUUUGACCUCCAACUCUCAUUCCCGAUACAAGUGACGAGAGAUGGUAUGAGGGGCAUUACAUGAGUGGAGCGGCUUGCUAUAGACUUUCAAUCGAUUACCCCAAAGGAAAACGGACAGUUGGUCCUAAACUCCAGCAAUAGAGCAGUUCGGAAUUGGUGAUUAUCCAGUGACUCUGGCCACUGGCAGUUGUAGCAAAAAGAGGAGGUGACAAGCUUGGUUUAAGUGUCACCCCUCUGCUUAGCGUCACCAAAUCUGAUUGGAUAUACUCCAGGAGGUGUCAUCAAAUCCAAUCAUGCUUCCUCAUUGGAUGCCUGAGCUGACCAUCUUCACUAUGUCCCACCUACUCACACCCAAUCAGAGAGCGUAUGCUCCUUCCUAACUGAUUGGAUCAUCCAGUCAUGUAUCCUGUUUUUAAACAUCUUAGAUACCCUUCAUUACUAAAAACCACAGUGCUCCCCGCACCAUUUUUUAAACCUCAAUUCUUAUCUUAAAAAAAGGCUCAGUGAUUUGUUGACUAUUUUUUGCUUACAGCAAUGACCAGAAAAUCAGUUUUUAAUUCCUCAAUGCAAAUCAUAGAAUCAGAAUCGUAGAAUACAGCCCGAAUAUUUCUAUCUCUCCAGUGAACUUUUCUUGUGUCAUUUGCUGAUAUGGUCUUUGUUGACAUCUCUCUGUAUAUCAGUGUUGCUCCUUUUUCUAUAUGUGGCACAGAAUGGUUGUAUUUUUAUACAGUACGCCAAUUCCUAGGUUUUGUAGGAUGAUAAAAAUGUUGAUGUUUACAAUUAAAUAU